GCACGCCGACGGGGCGGCGCACAGCAGCGGCGGCGGCGGCCAUCUUUCCUCACAGCGGCCGCUCUGGGUGUGAGUGAGGGGUCCGCGGCCCCCGCUGGCGCUCGGGCUCGGCCGGAGUGGCGGCGAGGCGUGGAUGAGGGGAGCGGCGGUGGCCGAGGGCCGCCCCCUGUGUCGCCACCCCCCCACCCAGGGCAGGCCGAGCGGACAGCACGCCGGCGGGCGCGGGGUCCCUGCCCGGCGCGGCCUCGUCCCCGCCGGGGCACUCCCCCGGCGCCCGCUCGCCGCCCGCGCUCUCUGGGUCGGGUCCCCCAAUGGGAUAGGCUGUAAAGAUGUUUAGUUUUGAGGGGGACUUCAAAACCAGGCCCAAGGUGUCCCUGGGAGGCGCGAGCCGGAAGGAAGAAAAGGCUUCUCUUUUACAUCGUACUCAGGAAGAAAGAAGAAAGAGGGAGGAAGAAAGGCGAAGAUUGAAAAAUGCAAUAAUUAUCCAGUCAUUUAUUCGAGGCUAUAGAGACAGAAAACAACAAUGUUCCAUCCAGAGGAGUGCGUUCGACCGCUGUGCCAGCCUGUCCCAGUCCGGUGGCGCUUUUCCCCUUGCCAGUGGUCCCAACCUUACCCUCCUGGUGCGGCAGCUUCUGUUUUUUUACAGACAGAGUGAAGACUCACAACGCUUGAUAUGGAUGUAUCAGAACCUGAUUAAACACAGUGCUCUGUUUGUCCAGCAGUUGGAAGGAUCUGAGAGACUCACAUGCUUGUUUCAAAUAAAGAGGCUGAUGAGCCUCUGUUGCAGGUUGCUGCGGAGCUGUAACGAUGACAGUCUGAAUGUCGCGCUUCCCAUGAGGAUGCUGGAGGUGUUCUCCUCUGAGGACACUUACUUGCCUGUUUUACAAGAUGCUAGCUACGUGGUGUCCGUCAUUGAACAAAUUUUGCACUACAUGAUUCAGAAUGGGUAUUAUAGAUCUCUCUAUUUGUUAAUUAACAGCAAGCUUCCCUCAAGUAUUGAAUAUUCUGAUUUAUCUCGAGUUCCUAUAGCAAAAAUUUUGCUAGAGAAUGUUUUAAAACCAUUGCACUUUACGUACAACUCCUGUCCAGAAGGUGCAAGGCAACAGGUUUUUACAGCCUUCACGAAGGAGGUCCUGGCGGCCCCCUUCACGGAGCAGAUCUUCCACUUCGUCAUCCCUGCCCUGGCGGACGCGCGGACCGUCUUCCCGUACGAGCCCUUCCUGACUGCGCUGCUGUCCCUCGAGGGCAGAUGGCCCGCCACCAGCGGGGGCGCGCCGUGGCUCUUCUACUUUGUUUUAACUAUUGGUGACAAUUACUUGGGCGCGCUCUCCGAGGACGGGCUGCUGGCGCACCUGCGAGUCCUCCAGGCCCUCCUGUCCCAGCUGCCCGUCUCGCCCGCCCGCCCAAGCGGCCAGGAUGCAGCCAGCGACUCGGAUGAAGAGGAGGGGGAGGAGGCCGACAGGCCGGCCAGCACUCCGGAGGAUGGGCGGCUGUCUGUGCUGUACAUCGCCGAGGAGUGUCUGAAGAAGCUGGACACGAAGCAGCAGACCAACACGCUGCUGAGCCUGGUGUGGAGGGACUCGGCCAGCGAGGAGGCCUUCACGCUGAUGGCGGCCAUCUGCCACACGCUCAUGGUGCAGCACCGCGUCUUGGUGCCACGGGCCAGGCUUCUCUACAGUUUAGCCUUCAAUGCCAGGUUUCUGAGACAUCUCUGGUUUCUCAUAUCUUCAAUGACAACGCGGAUGAUCACAGGGUCUAUGGUACCAUUGCUUCAGGUGAUAUCAAGGGGCUCACCUAUGUCUUUUGAAGAUUCUAGUAGAAUCAUCCCACUCUUCUACCUGUUUAGUUCCUUGUUCAGUCACUCUCUGAUUUCCAUACAUGAUAACGAAUUCUUCGGAGACCCCAUAGAAGUUGUAGGUCAAAGACAAUCGUCAAUGAUGCCUUUUACUUUAGAAGAACUGGUAGUGUUGUCUCGAUGCCUUCGCGACGCGUGCUUAGGGAUCAUCAAACUGGCAUAUCCAGAAACAAAGCCAGAAGUUCGAGAAGAAUAUAUCACCGCCUUUCAAAGUAUUGGAGUAACUACCAGUUCUGAAAUGCAGCAGUGUAUACAGAUGGAGCAGAAACGAUGGAUUCAGUUAUUUAAGGUCAUCACCAACCUGGUGAAGAUGCUGAAGUCCAGGGACACGCGGAGGAACUUCUGCCCCCCCAAUCACUGGCUGUCAGAGCAGGAGGAUAUUAAAGCAGAUAAGGUCACCCAGCUCUACGUCCCGGCGUCCAGGAGCGCGUGGCGGUUCCGGCGGAUGGGGAGGAUUGGGCCCUUGCGGUCCACGCUGGACGUAGGUCUGGAGUCUCCGCCGCUGUCCGUGUCCGAGGAGAGGCAGCUCGCCAUCCUGACCCAGCUGCCCUUCGUGGUUCCGUUUGAAGAGCGGGUGAAGAUCUUUCAGAGAUUGAUUUAUGCAGAUAAGCAAGAAGUUCAAGGAGAUGGUCCAUUUCUGGAUGGAAUUAAUGUCACAAUAAGAAGAAAUUAUAUUUAUGAAGACGCUUAUGACAAGCUUUCCCCUGAGAAUGAGCCUGACUUGAAAAAGCGGAUCCGUGUGCACUUACUGAACGCGCACGGCCUGGACGAAGCCGGCAUUGACGGCGGUGGUAUUUUCAGAGAGUUUCUAAACGAACUACUGAAGUCAGGGUUCAACCCCAACCAGGGGUUCUUUAAGACCACUAACGAAGGGCUUCUGUACCCCAACCCAGCCGCUCAGAUGCUUGUGGGUGAUGCCUUUGCCAGACAUUACUACUUCCUGGGCAGGAUGCUCGGCAAGGCCCUCUAUGAAAACAUGCUGGUGGAGCUGCCCUUCGCCGGCUUCUUCCUGUCCAAGCUGCUGGGGACCAGCGCGGAUGUGGACAUCCACCACCUGGCGUCCUUAGACCCCGAGGUGUACAGGAACCUGCUCUUCCUCAAGAGCUACGAGGGCGACGUGGAGGAGCUGGGGCUGAACUUCACGGUGGUGAACAACGACCUCGGAGAGGCCCAGGUAGUUGAACUGAAAUCUGGUGGGAAGGACAUCCCGGUGACCAGUGCCAAUCGCAUUGCGUACAUCCACCUGGUGGCCGACUACCGGCUGAACCGGCAGAUCCGCCCGCACUGCCUGGCGUUCCGGCAGGGCCUGGCCAACGUGGUGAGCCUGGAGUGGCUGCGGAUGUUCGACCAGCAGGAGAUCCAGGUGUUGAUUUCUGGUGCACAAGUUCCCAUAAGUCUGGAGGACCUAAAAUCCUUUACAAACUAUUCAGGAGGCUACUCUGCCGAGCACCCCGUGAUCAAGGUCUUCUGGAGAGUCGUGGAGGGCUUCACGGACGAGGAGAAGCGCAAACUGCUCAAGUUUGUGACCAGCUGCUCCCGGCCCCCCCUCUUGGGGUUUAAGUCCUGAUACAUUGCUGGGGUGCCACUGUGACGAGGCUUAAGCGUGAGCAGACGCUGCAGCGGGCGGGCUGACCCUGAUGCCCGUCACCCGUCCUGGGGUCUGUGCAGCGCAGGCUGCCCUCCCUUCCCAGCUGAAGAGGACGCGGGCUCCACGGGCUCGUGGGUCUGUUGCCAGGAGUGACAGGAGAGCAGAAGCUGAUCUUUCCUUACUGCUUCUCUGUUACUUCAUUUCACGUUACUUGGUCUUACUGUGUUGUUUCUGGUAGUUCAUGUUGAUCUCGUAAAUUGACUGAAUAUUCUUAUCUGUUGAAAUUGGUCAUGGGACAGCUUGGGUUUUCCUUAUUUAUAGUAAAAGACACGAAGCUAGGUUUAAUAAAGAGAAAGACAGUGGUUGUGUAUAACAUGACGUAAUGGCGAGUUAGGGGAGCACGUACAUUGGGUGUGCUUGUGAAGCUCACAGAUUGACAUUCGCCUUCCAGUAACCUUUCAUUGAUGAGUUACAUGUCAGUUAUUUCACUUUGAAAUUACAGUGUAUAGAAGGGUUGUAAGAAUUGAACAGAGAACUUACCAGCCCACAUCGACCAGGUGUUAACACUGUGUCACAUUUGUUUCCUCAUUCUGUAUUCAUGUAUUUCUUUUCGGAAUCAUUUGGGAGUAAGUUGAAAAUAUCAUGUUUCUGCACAUUUUAAUUGCAACAGCAGUCUUUCUUAACCACAAUUAAAUUAUCAAAGAUAAGGAGUGUGCCGUGAUAGACUGAGAUUAUCUAAUCCUCUGGUUCACAAGUAUGAUCCUGAGACCAGCAGCUUCAGCAUCACCUGAGAACUCGUCACACGUACGCGUUGGCAGGGCUCCCCCAGACCCCGAAUCAGCUCGGGGAGGCCCGGCCGCCUGCUUGCGCCGCCCUGAGGCGUCGAGGGCGCCUGCAGUGGCUUGGCCCCGCGGCGGCCUCCCUGGGCCUCGCGCUCCCCCGUCUGGACUCCAGGCUGAGGCCACACGUUGUGUUUAGGGGCUGUUCCCUGAGUCUCUGCUGUCUUCAGCGGUCUAGUCACGUGACCUGAGAAUGUCCCUCUGUGCAGUGGAGCAGUUCCACCCUCAGGACAUGUGUACUCAAGACAGACACCCUCACGUGUUCACACAGCACUCACAGAACUGCAGCAGCCCGCAGCUAGUCAUGGAAAAAGAGAAUCCGGUCUGUCCAGGCAGUGGGGUAUAUUCAAAAAUUAAACGGGAAUGGAUUGCUGAUGCAGAUGCCCUGUGUGUGAACAUUGAGAACGUUGUGGUCAGUAAAGGGAGUGAGACACAGGAGGUUGUGUGGUUCCUUUUACACAAAAUGUCUUUAAAGGGGUGAAAAUGGAGAACUUUGCGGGAGAACUGACAGCAUUCUGAAGUUGAAUUUAAACUACAUUUAAAUGAGUAAAUAUUAUAGUAUGUGAAUUACACUUAAAAAUUUUUUUUAAUUGACAUUAAUAGCUUAAUACAGUGUCCCAAAGAGUGUCCCAGAACAAGAGAAGUGGGAACGUCCCUGGUUGUCCGGUGCUUGGGAAUCCGCCUUGCAAUGCAGGGGCCAAGGGUUCGAUCCCUGGUUGGGGAGCUAAGACCCCACAUGCCCAAAGGCAGCUAGGCCCAUGUGCCGCAACAAAGGCUCCCGUAUGCUGCUAACACUUAAGACCCGUUGAAGCCACAUAAAAUAAAGAACUGGAACAGGGAAGGAGAGGCAUGGGCGCGAGCUGUGGCGCAGGUGCAGCAACUCUGUUUCCAUAGGAGGUGGGGGAGCAGUGAAUAAUAAAGACAUGAGCGUAAGAAUUAGUGAAUAAUACUGCUCAGUGAUACUAGCAGAACUGAAAUCCCUUCUCUGUCUUCCAAAUUCUCAGAGGGAGAAAAUAAAGCCUGCAAAACAGGACAGCUAGAACCAACUGUGUUUAGCAGAUAAUAGAACACAAAGUUAAUGUGGACAGUCAUAAAGCAGAGCAGCGAGAGCGGGCUGAAGUGCCAGAGCGGUGAGCGCGCAAAGAGGAAACGCGGGCGUUAGAAGGAAAGCACUCAGGCUGAGUUGGAGAAAAACUGCUGUGUCCAGGCCAGACACCGGACAGGGGCCACAGGCUUGGGGGAUGGGAAAGCUGAGGGACCUGUAUUAGCGUUUGAAGUCUCAAGUAGAAUUGCAGGGAGACUUAGUGAUGCUUUUGGCAUGGGAUAUAAGCCCCCCUCUUACCCAAAGAAAUGGAUGGACCGACUUGAUGGGUUUAAGCCCUGAUCUGCAGAACCAGAUGUGAAAAGCGGGCAGCAACCUGAAAGAAACACUUCUGUG